AUGGCCAACAGUGGAGUUUCUCACGUUCCACAAGCCGCUGGUGGUGACGCGAUGAGUCAACAUGGCGUCGACGAUCCGAACGCCGUUCCCAAAUCGGCACCACAUGAUGAGAGUGCCCCUCGAUCUGAACCGCAGAGGCACGCCCUCACUCCGGAAGAGAUGUCGUUCCGCAGCUGGGACUACAUGGUGAAGCAACAAUCCCAUCUAAUGGCAUUGCAAACGAGGAUGUUCAGCGUCAUGCAGGCUAAGGCGAGCAUCGACGCUCCCCACCACGGCAAGAAUGUUGCCAACUACCCUGGCAACCACGACGGCAAUCUCGCCGGCACCCCGAACCAUCACGGCGACGCAACAAAACCCUAA